GGCUCGCCGCCAGCACCCCCACCCCGCCACCCUUCCUCUGAUAGGCUGUAAACCUAGGUGGCUGAGGAGGAGGCGCCUCUCCUCCCCGCGACCCAAGGGAGAAAGGGAGCCCUGCCGGGGAGCGUCUGCGAAGUGGGGUCAGAAGAAGGUUAGGCGCUUUCUGGGGCGUCCCCCAACACUGGCCCAGGCCGAUCCACGCGCGAGAGGAGGGGGCUUUAGAGCCAGGGCAAGGGCGUGCUCGCUCGUGUGUGCCCGUGUCAAGUGCGGCGCCCAUGUCUAUGUGCGCGCGUGUGGGCACCCAUGUCUCUGUAUGGUGUCUGCGUGCCCGUCCACACGUGAGCCAAGGAAGGCAUCUUAGCGCCUAGCAGUGCACACAGCGGGUGCGCUGGACCAGAGCCCUAAGGCACCAGCCCAAAUCUGCAGUUUGUUACAAGGGCAGAGGACCUGCGUGACCUCCCCACGCGCGCCGGCCGGUGCUGGUGGUGGAGGGAACUGACAGCUAACGCCUGUGGCCCAGGAGAACAAAACCUCCCAUUGCACUCCACGCCGCGACGCUCCCCAGCGAAAGGUGCUUCUUUUGGAAGACCGCACGAAGUAAGGAACAGCCUCUUUUCCUCUUCCUGGAUAUCCCUCCAGGAAUAUUAGAAGCUCCAGGACUUCUUGAUACGUCCAGGAAAAGAUCGCAACCGGGUCAUUAAAAUAUCGAAUCCAACCAGCUUCUACGUGCCUGACACAUCUGGGCAGAUGGAGAAGUCAAGGCAAUAAAGGUGCACCUGCCCAAGAAAGAUUAUAACUGAGGACUGGCUGUCUUGAACCUUGUUGCCACACACAGAGAAAACUCAGCUUUUCUUUCAAGGAAACCAAUGCCUGACCUUGCCAACCAAUGAAAAGGUUGCCUAAGAGCCUUGCCCAGAAGUUUUAUCAGUUAAACUCAGACAGAGAGAACAAAGGUUGAACAAGCCAAAUUUUCGAGACAGCUCACGGCUUAGAGGAAGGCUCAUCUAAAUAAAGGCCAGCUAAAGUGACAUUGCAGGGAUUAAAUCCUUCUCUGGCUGCCUGUGUGACCAGAAGGCUUAUUUGCAAGUUUCUUCUUUCCCGGGGUUCAGAUUAUUAGGUCUCCAGGGCCCUGCGGCUUGACAGCAAGAGAAGCACGAAAUGAAGGUCAGAGAUGAGCUCCCACAGCAGGGUCUUGAGGUCCUCCCAGGGGCAUUUACACACCAGAGUGCAAGAUUCUCUGGCCAUCAAGGGGAAUAGCAAACAGAAGCCUUUGUCCUGGGGCACAGCCACCUACCACAAAGCAUCAGACUCCACGUCUGGCCAGAAAGUUCCUGGAGUCCCAUCAGGGCAGUGGGUAUGUAACGUGUGCCUAAUAGUACAGCUAGAGCUUGCAAGUUCAAUGUGAGGGAAGGUGGGAAAUGACUUGAGUGAGGUGAGCAGCUCCUGGCUGGGCUGGGCAGACUCAGCUACCACGUUCACUGCCCUCCUCUCACUAAACCCGAGAGGGCGGCUGCUCAGCUCUCAGGAAAACUCUCUUGAACCCUGGGCACCUGCUGUCCUCAGUUGGCAUCUCCCACCCUCUGAGCCUCUUCUGCUCCUGCACAACCUGCCCUUGAUCGGUGGCUCUUUGCUGAGAUGGAGACGUGAGCCCCCGUGGACGAUGACUGCAGUGUAUACAAAUGGAGGCGGCCUGGUGAACCCCCACUAUGCCCGAUGGGAUCGGCGCGACAGCGUAGAAAGUGGCUGUCAGGCCGAGAGCAGCAAGGAGGGCGAGGAAGGACAGCCCCGCCAGCUGACGCCCUUCGAGAAACUGACACAGGACAUGUCCCAAGAUGAGAAGGUGGUGAGGGAGAUCACUCUGGGGAAACGGAUAGGCUUCUACCGAAUUCGAGGGGAAAUCGGAAGUGGCAACUUCUCCCAAGUGAAGCUCGGGAUUCACUCCCUAACCAAAGAAAAGGUGGCCAUUAAGAUCCUGGAUAAGACCAAGUUAGACCAGAAAACCCAGAGGCUACUAUCCCGAGAAAUCUCCAGCAUGGAAAAGCUGCACCAUCCCAACAUCAUCCGCCUUUACGAAGUCGUGGAGACCCUAUCCAAGCUGCACUUGGUGAUGGAAUAUGCAGGGGGUGGGGAGCUGUUCGGAAAAAUUAGCACUGAGGGGAAGCUCUCUGAACCAGAAAGCAAGCUCAUCUUCUCCCAGAUUGUGUCUGCCGUGAAGCACAUGCAUGAAAACCAAAUUAUUCACAGAGAUCUGAAAGCAGAAAAUGUAUUCUAUACCAGUAAUACUUGUGUGAAGGUGGGCGAUUUUGGAUUCAGCACAGUAAGUAAAAAAGGUGAAAUGCUGAACACUUUCUGUGGGUCUCCUCCCUAUGCUGCACCUGAACUCUUCCGGGACGAGCACUACAUCGGCAUUUACGUGGAUAUCUGGGCCUUGGGGGUGCUUUUGUACUUCAUGGUGACUGGCAUCAUGCCAUUUCGGGCAGAAACUGUGACCAAACUAAAAAAGAGCAUCCUUGAGGGCACAUACAGUGUACCGCCCCACGUGUCAGAGCCCUGCCACCGACUCAUCCGAGGAGUCCUUCAGCAGAUUCCCAUGGAGAGGUACGGGAUCGACUGCAUCAUGAAUGAUGAAUGGAUGCAAGGGGUGCCAUACCCUACACCUUUGGAACCUUUCCAACUGGAUCCCAAACAUUUAUCGGAAACCGGCACUCUCAAGGAAGAAGAAAAUGAAGUCAAAAGCACUUUAGAGCAUUUGGGCAUUACAGAAGAGCAUAUUCGAAAUAACCAAGGGAGAGACGCUCGCAGCUCAAUCACAGGGGUCUAUAGAAUUAUUUUACAUAGAGUCCAAAGGAAGAAGGCUUUGGAAAGUGUCCCAGUCAUGAUGCUACCAGACCCUAAAGAAAGAGACCUCAAAAAAGGGUCCCGUGUCUACAGAGGGAUAAGACACACAUCCAAAUUUUGCUCGAUUUUAUAAAUUGCACUAGACUGCUUAUAAUUAACCGAGAUCAUUAUUGCUGCUUCUAAAUUUUUUUCAAGGACAACUUGAGUGGAGACAUUUUUGUAAUUUUUAAAUAAACUUAAAUUUGAGAUAUGCA